AAACUGUUUACCUAACGACUGCCGGAGGGGGGGAGGGUUUGAAACUGCUGAAGCGGGAAUUGUUUUUGUUCCGGCGGAUCUUUAUUCCCUUUAACGUCUGUUUAAAGGGGCCGGGCUCCUCCUGCUGAUAGGCCCCGAUCAUGUCGGCGCCGGUGGUGGCGCCUGGGCCUGGGGCCGGGGCCGGGCCCGGGCCGGUCGCCGCGAUGGUGAAAGGCGCCGCCAGGCGGCCCGCGGCCUCCCCCAACUGCGAGUCCCCGCCGCCCUCGGGCUCGGGAAGCCCGAUGCCGCCCGGAGCCGGCGAGCUGGCCAGCAUCUUCGCCCCGGAGCUGGACGGGGAGGUCGGCGAGAAUGUCAACGGAGAGCUGGAGCCCGACCUGGCCUCCAAGUUUGUGUUGGUGAGUCCAAGUUUGGAGCAAUAUGACUGCCUGCUGAAACAGUUGCGCGAGCGAAUGGAUGAGGGUUGUGGGGAGACCAUCUAUGUAAUCGGACAAGGAUCAGAUGGCAAGAAGUAUGGUCUAAAUGAUGAGGAUAUUGAAGCAUCUGUAGCGACUGUCAAAAGUCUAGCUGAGCAGAUCUAUUCUGAUCUGAUCCUCCUCCGAGAACGUCAGGAGGCAGGAGGAAAAGUAGCCGAUUACCUGGUGCGGAAGCGAGUUGGGGAGAAUGACUUUUUGGAGGUCAGGGUGGCAGUGGUUGGGAAUGUGGAUGCUGGUAAGAGCACAUUGCUAGGUGUACUAACACAUGGAGAACUUGACAACGGACGAGGAUUUGCACGGCAGAAACUUUUCCGUCAUAAGCACGAGGUUGAAUCUGGGCGGACAAGCAGUGUUGGCAAUGAUAUCCUGGGCUUUGACAGCACUGGGGAUGUUGUGAACAAACCAGACAGCCAUGGUGGUGGAUUAGACUGGACCAAAAUCUGUGAGAAAUCUUCAAAAGUCAUCACCUUUAUUGACCUGGCAGGACACGAGAAAUACUUGAAGACUACAGUGUUUGGAAUGACAGGACAUCUACCAGAUUUCUGUAUGUUGAUGGUUGGUAGUAAUGCUGGAAUUGUGGGCAUGACCAAAGAGCACCUGGGACUUGCACUGGCUCUCAACGUUCCUGUGUUUGUUGUGGUGACAAAGAUAGACAUGUGUCCAGCUAAUAUCUUACAAGAAACACUGAAAUUGCUGCAGAGGCUGUUGAAGUCUCCAGGCUGCAGGAAGAUCCCAGUCCUGGUCCAGAACAAGGAUGAUGUGAUCGUUACAGCAUCAAACUUCAGCUCUGAAAGGAUGUGCCCAAUUUUCCAGAUCUCUAACGUCACUGGGGAGAACCUCGAUCUGCUGAAGAUGUUUUUGAACCUGCUGUCACCAAGGACAAGUUUCAAGGAGGAUGAGCCGGCAGAGUUUCAGAUUGACGACACGUACUCUGUCCCGGGCGUUGGGACAGUGGUAUCUGGAACAACGCUAAGAGGUUUGAUCCGUUUGAAUGACACAUUACUUCUAGGACCUGACCCACUGGGGAACUUCAUGCCCAUCGCGGUAAAAUCAAUCCACAGGAAACGAAUGCCAGUCCGGGAAGUACGAGGUGGCCAAACUGCAUCCUUCGCUCUGAAGAAGAUUAAGCGUUCAUCCAUCAGAAAGGGAAUGGUGAUGGUUUCUCCAAAACUUAAUCCUCAGGCGUCCUGGGAGUUCGAGGGAGAAAUUCUUGUAUUGCACCAUCCAACAACCAUCAGCCCUCGCUACCAGGCUAUGGUGCACUGUGGCAGCAUUCGUCAGACAGCCACCAUUCUGUCCAUGAGCAAAGAUUGCCUGAGGACAGGAGACAAGGCCACUGUCCAUUUCCGCUUCAUUAAAACCCCUGAAUACCUGCACGCUGAUCAGCGCCUUGUCUUCCGAGAGGGCCGGACCAAAGCAGUGGGAACUAUAACCAAGUUAAUCCAGACCACGAACACAUCACCAUCGAACACCAAACCACUCCAGCUGAAGAUGCAGUCAACAAAGAAAGGGGCCUUAUUGAAGAAGGAGGAAGUGUCGGCAGCAAGUGGUACAACUGCCGAGGAGGGUCUGUCUUCGGGACAGGUGCCAGCUCUGUACACACUGAGCCAAACGCAGAUGCCUUCAGAAGAGGAUAAACAGAAUCCAGAUAUUAAUAAGAAAAACAAGCCCAAAGGUGGCGGAGGGAGAAGACGGGGAGGCCAGCGACACAAGGUGAAAUCACAGGGAGCAGCAGUGACUCCAGCUAGCGGCUACUAGACGCAAAACAGGACUACAGCAAGGAGCAACACAAGGAGAAACUCUCUCUCUCUCCCUUGCUUUUUCCCCCCUCCUCUCUAUCUCCCUCCCUCUCUGAUUAUCCUAAAGAAUUAUGGAAGUGUCUGGAGCCAAUCAGGAAGUGACAUGGACACUGUUCUGUUUUACUUAAAAGCAUUUUUUGAAUGGGUUUUACAUUUUAAACCAUUUGAAAACAGUGACUGAUGCAUUUCAAGCUUGUUAAUGUGUCUUUUGAAUUUUAUGCAUAUACCAUUUUUUUAAUAUAAAGUUAAAAAUAAUCAAAAGUUUGCUUUGGUUGAGCUGAAAAUGUGCAAGAUAAAUGCAACCAGGCUGUCAUGCGUGCUCUCUCUCUCAGUAUUCAAUUUUACAAGUUAUUCCUUCCCUUGUCUUUUAAUUAGAUUGGGCCUGGCUAUUGGUUCAUUUGGUCUCUUGCCGAUUGCUUGGCUGUGAUCUAAAUAAAUUAUAAAUUAUUGGUUUUAUUGAUUUUUGGUUUGAAUUGCCAAUGAGGUCAACAAGCUCCAGGUAUUAUUGAGAGAUCCCUGUAAUAGGUGCUGCAUUAAGGUCAAUAAACUAAGUCUGUUGCUGAGAGAGGAUGACAAAUCUAUUGUCAUGUUAAGUUAUGAAAAAAAAUCAACUCCCAAUUGGUGUUUGGGAUCUUGUAGCCAUAUCAUUGGUUGUAGGAAGUGCAGACACAGCUUUGUCAUCCUCAUGUCUGUUUUUAAAGAUGGUACAAUCUUGCCUCAAACCUGUUCUGUAGCAAAGUGAGUAAAUCUGGGGGAUGUCCAUAAAAGCUUUUUUGA